AUGGCCGCCCCCAGUAGAAAGCCGCCCACCAGCCUUUCUCGCUUUUUGGACGGUGAUUUCUGGGAGGUGAAAGAAAAAUUACGUGAAUAUAUUGAAGGAAAUGAACUUUUCAAUUUACGGUUUGACCUGCCCCUGUCAGAUUACAGAGAUGUGACCAGGGAAAGGGCACUAUAUUUAUUCCGUCUUCCUGAAAUACAAGAACAAUUUGAUGAACAGGCAUCUUCAAAACAGAAUUUUACAAAUAGAAGUUUAGCAUUGGGAGAACUAUGCUCAGCCACAGACUUGUCUGUUGGCAUCAAGAGUGGAGUGAUGGCUUGGUUAUUUGGUGGAGUUAUCACAAACCUUGGUUCGGAAGAACACAUAAAAAGAUGGUUUGUCCCUCUCAAGGAAUUGAAGUUCACUGGUAUGUUUGCCAUGUCAGAGAGAGGCCACGGUAGCAAUGUGAAAGGAAUAUUAACACAGGCUCACUAUGAUCAAGAUACUAAGCAAUUUAUCAUCAAUACUCCAUGCCUUGAUGCAGAGAAAAUCUACAUUGGAAAUGCUUUGCAGGGAAAUUAUGCAGCAGUAUUUGCACAAGUCUAUGUGAAAGGACAAUGCAAAGGUCCACACUGUUUUAUAGUACCAGUGAGAGAUGAACAGGGGCAGUUGCUACCUGGAAUCACUAUCACAGACAUGGGUCUAAAAGAAGGUUUAAAUGGUGUGGACAAUGGGCUUGUUGCCUUUGACAAUGUCAGAAUUCCCAGAGAAAACUUACUGAACAGGUUUGCAGAUGUGAGUUUAGAGGGAGAGUAUGUCACCAAGAUAACCAACGAUAAUGCCAGGUUCAAUGCUAUGCUGGGCACCAUGUUGGCACCUAGGUUAGCUCUGUGUUUUCAAGCACUGGCAGCCACCAAGGUUGGUUUGGAAAUUGCAGUAAAGUACAGUUUAAGAAGGCGUCAGUUUGGCCCCAGUGAAGGUCCCGAAGAAUUAAUAAUGAAUUAUCAAACUCACCAGCUCCGUCUGAUGCCAUGUCUUGCCAUGUGUCUGGGACUGACAUUUGCAGUGAGACAUGCUGGUUCAUUGCUGGAUGAUGCUCUGUGCAACCAGAGAGAUUUGGUCAAUGAAAGAGGACUCCAGGCGUUGGCGGCAGGCCUGAAAGCUUUUUGUACCUGGGAGAGUGUGAAGACACUACAGACUUGCAGGGAGAGUGUAGGUGGCAUGGGUUAUAUGGAGGAAAACCGUCUUCCUAGUCUGAAGAGAGAUGCAGAUGUGUUUGUGACUUUUGAAGGGGAUAACAUGGUCAUGUUACAGCAAGUUGCCAAGGAGCUCCUCACUCAGUAUAGUAAACAGUUUGAAAGUAGCAGGGUGGCAGCCAUGUUGUCUUCUAUGACAGGCAGCUUUAUGUCUUCUGUGAAAACAAGUAAGUUUGCAGUAACUCUGGCCCCUGUGAGCAGUAUGACAUUCAUCAGGAAGGCACUGGCUUUUAAAGAAGACAAGUUGCUGAGAAGUCUGGCAUCCAGACUGUUUGAUAAGGUGUCUACAAAAUUAGAACCUCCUUUCACUGCCUGGAAUCAGUGUCUCCAUCACUCCACUACACUGGCCUGGUGCUAUAUACAUAAAGUUACAUUGGAGCAGUACAUGGCAGCAGUGGACAGGUGCCCUGAAGAGAGAGAUAAAGAGAUCAUGAUGAAGUUUUGCAAGCUGUAUGCUGUCCACCUGCUGUAUGAAGACAGAGCUUGGUUCUUAGAGAACAACUACAUCACAGCAGCCAUGGCCAAAGACCUGAGACAAGAGUACAUCAAACUGUGUGCUGUAACCAGAGAGCAUGCUCUUGAGGUCGUGGAAGCAUUCCGUCAUCCCUCCAACUGUGUUCAUGCACCCAUUGCAGGCAUUCCUAGCAGUAGGGCGCCGUGGGCUUAUUAUCCUGACAGUGACAUGGAAUUAACGCCACCCCAGUCUAAACUGUAACUAAAUAGCAUGCAUUCCCAGCAAUAGAGCGCCGUGGGCUUAUUAUCCUUAUAGUAACAUGGUCUUACUGCCACCCCAGUCUAAACUGUAACCUACUGGGUUAACAGGGUCCCAGUACUUACAGCAUUAGUAUCAACUGUAGUCUGUAUUGGUUUACAGAAUUAACAGUGUCAAAAUGGUCAGUCUUUAAUGCCAGUCAUUCCAUUAUUUGGACUAGGUUUACACAACAGGAUCAGAAAUACUGUUGUAGACCUAGUGCAUUAUUAACAGAAGCAGGAAUAAUGAGUUUGCAAUUCUCAAUCACAUCUACAAAUUGUACAUCAUGGGGUCAUCUUGUGAUCCUGGGUUUAAUCUGUUAAUAGCACAAUGUUUUAUAUAUGAAGAGAAUUGAACAAGGACAAAGAUAAGUCAAGUGCCUAAGUGUUGAUUACCAAGGAAUGCUGACAGCGUGUACCAAAGAGUUUUGAUAUGUACUCAAACAUGGUGCACUGACCAAAAUUUAACUCAUUUAAAUAGUACAUGGGAUGGACUCAAUUUUGGUUAUUUUUCCUUAACAGAGUAAAAUGAAGAAUGGCAUUAGCUGGUACCUUUUUUUUCAGCAAACAAAGUAGGUGAUUACUGGAGAGAAAAUUGAGACUAAGAAUAAUUUAUUUAGAAGAAUAUUAAGUGCUCAAGUGGCAUGUCUUGUAAAUUAUCUGUGAUAAAGUUUUUAAUUUAUUGAAUUGUGUACAUUGAGAUAUUUGUUUACGGUCAAAUACAAACAUGAUUACCCAAACUGUUGUAUUGUCCUCACAGUUGCAAUCAAGUCAGUUGUCUGACCAAAUGGUUACAAGUACGUCGAGAGCAGCUGGAUUGUUCCACACGUGAUCUGUGUUUAACCAAUGGUCUAGCUAGACAUCAACCACCAGAUGGCAGCACUGAAACUGGAGAGCUAUCUCCUCUGGGUAAACUACAUCCAUGAACAAGUCACAGUGACCUGUGCUACAAUAACAACCACCCUUUCAGUCUUAACAAUGACAACAAGCUUUAUUGUCUACACAGUAUACAGUGUGUAUCUUCCUACACUUACCCAGGCUCUUGCCCAAUAGGAGAGAUUAUGAACAAUAAUUUGGAUGUAGAAAUAAACGUAGCAAUAUUCACUAGAAAAUUUUUCAGAGAAAUUGUAAAUUGGUUAAUUAAAACAUUCAGUUACACCAACAAAUCUCCCAUUCUUUGGGUUUGCUCAUUAUUAGAAAUUUUGUUCAUAAUCUUGUGUACUAUAUUUUUCUCUCAAGUUUUUGGAACUUGUUCAAAU